UAAUCUCCUUUUAAACAUCAUUCUAGAAGAUAUUCUCGUCUUUUUCUUUUUUAGAAGUCUGAAUUAGCAGAAAGUAAGUAUUUCUUCUGCAAUUAGUCCGAUGCAGUCGCCCCAAGGGAAGAAGAUGACGAAACAAUUGACUGGGAAACGAGACGAUACUCCCCUGCAUUCGGCGGCAAGAGCUCGAAACCUACCCGUGGUCAUGGAAAUCCUCACCGGGACCACAGAGGAAGAGCUAAAAGAACUGUUGUUGAAACAGAAUCAAUCGGGAGAAACAGCCCUUUACGUGGCUGCUGAAUACGGUUAUGUUGAUGUGGUGGAAGAGAUGAUCAAGUACUGUGAUAUUGAUUCCGCAAGCAUCAAAGCCAGGAAUGGCUAUGAUGCCUUUCACAUUGCAGCCAAGCAAGGCGAUCUAGAGGUGAUGAAGGUACUGGUGAAAGCUCUACCAGAGCUAUCUUUGACAGUUGAUCUCUCGAAUACCACAGCUUUGCAUACGGCUGCGACACAAGGUCACACUGAGGUUGUAAAUUUCCUCUUGGAACAAGGUAGCAGCUUGGCAGCCAUAGCGAGAAGCAAUGGGAAAACUGCCCUGCAUUCUGCAGCGAGGAAUGGGCAUUUGGAGGUUGUAAAGGCCCUUCUAAGCAAGGAACCUGGUAUGGCUGCGCAGACUGAUAAGAAGGGGCAGACAGCUCUCCACAUGGCUGUGAAAGGACAGAAAAUUGAGUUGGUGGAGGAGCUUAUCAACUCAGACCCUUCUUUGAUUAACAUGGUCGAUACCAAGGACAACACAGCAUUGCAUAUAGCAUGCAGGAAGUGUCGGACUCAGAUUGUAAAGAAGCUACUAGACCAUAAUGCCACCGACAAAAAAGCUGUCAAUAGAUCAGGGGAAACAGCCCUUGACACUGCUGAGAAAAUGGGACACUCCGAACUGAUGGUGAUCCUGCAGGAGCAUGGUGUCCAGAGUGCGAGGGACAUCAAGCCACCACAGACAAGCAGAGCUCGAGAACUAAAACAGACUGUAAGUGACAUAAAGCAUGAGGUCCACUACCAGCUAGAGCAAACCCGCAACACAAGGAAACAUGUGAAGGGUAUUGCCCAUCGGCUUAACAAGAUGCACGCUGAGGGGCUCAACAAUGCAAUCAACUCCACAACAGUUGUUGCUGUCCUCAUUGCCACUGUAGCUUUUGCCGCCAUCUUCACUGUCCCUGGCCAGUAUGUUGAUGACCCUAAAAACAUACCUCCUAAGCUCUCCCUUGGGGCAGCAAAAAUUGCUAAUAAAGUACCAUUCGUGAUUUUCAUCAUCUUUGAUUCUAUUGCCCUCUUCAUAUCCCUAGCUGUUGUGGUGGUACAGACUUCAGUCGUAGUAACAGAGAGCAAAGCCAAGAAACAGAUGAUGGCAAUUAUUAACAAGCUGAUGUGGUUGGCUUGUGUUCUUGUGUCGGUGGCAUUCUCAGCAUUGGGAUUUGUCGUAGUCGGCAAUCAGAGGUGGUUGGCAAUCGUGGUGACUAUCAUAGGGACAACAAUCAUGGCGACAACACUGGGUACCAUGUGUUAUUUGGUAGUGAUGGACCGGAUUCAUGCCUCAAAUUUGAGAAGCAUUAGGAGAUCAUCAUUGAGCAGCAAGUCACGGUCAUGGUCCAUGUCAGUGUUAUCAGAUCCAGAGCUUCUGAACAGUGAGUAUAAGAAGAUGUAUGCAAUCUGAGAUCUGCUGGUCAGCAUGCCAGAGUAUUUUUUUCUCCUAUCUGGCAUCUCAGGUUCUCUUCUUGGACCUCUAUCUAAUUUAUGUUUCUCUUAACAUCUAUUUCUGGAUGUAACUUGUAAGUAUAGUUUCUCCUUUCCUUCCACAUGGUAGCCAGAGCUGGCUCAU